ACCGGAUCCGCGUCUGGUUUACCCUACUUUUUAUUUCGAAAGUUGGAUUUCCAGUCAUGUAAGAAGAAUGUGAAUUACACGUUGAAUCUAAAUAUAGUUUCUGAUUUUCUGAUUAUAAUAUGCUUUUGUGUGAAACAAAGAACUUUUUGAUACGGUGAAUAUAUUGUGAUGAAUUAACUCGAGAUUAUUGAAUAUUGAUAAAUAAUUUUAACAGUCACUGUCGGGAACGGAUUUACAUCGUAUCGCUCUGUCCGCCGUGUAAACUUACAUGACAACCAAGACGAUAUUUUGUAGCUUUGUAUAGCUUUCAGUACUUACCAGGAUAUCCGACACAAUGUCUGCUGCAGCUGCGUUAUUGUUAUUCUUCCUGGUUGUAGCUGCAAACCGUGGUCUAGUCCAGUGUUGUCUUCGAUCUGGUCCUUCACAUGAAGACGUCGACACAUUGCGACAAGAUAUUGCUACACUUAGAAGGAAUCUGAAACACUUAGAAAUUCAGCACGAAAAUCUCGUGGAUGAAACAAGAAGGACAAAAAGUCAGUCACAGUAUUCUGAGUUAGACACAGGAGUACCGUCUGCGGAUUUUACGGAGCAACUCGAAGCUCUUAAAAUUACUGUAGAUGAACUUUUACUGAAACAAAAUCAACUCAUGCAAUUAGUCGAAACGAUAGAGCCAAAGAAGCAGAAAGUCAUGAUUGACCGUCUUGAAAAGCAACUUGAUGAUAAAAUUAACGAAAUGACAAAAAAUCUGGAACAGAUGGAACAAAAGUCAAACAAACAACAAGGCGAAUAUAGGGAUACAUUUAAGAAAAUGGACGAAUCUGUAAAAGUCAAAAUGAAAGAGCUUCUUACAACUUUGAAAGAUGUAGAAGACACAUCCCAAAGAAAUUUCAGUCUAGUCCAAGAAUCACUGGAGAACUUGAAUGCAGUUGUCAACAAAGAUAUAAAACAAAAGGUUGAAGAAUUCAGUGAGCACAUUUCUACAAUUAGAACUGCGAAGGAUGAAAUUGAUGCAAUAUUAUCUCAAGUCCAGCAUGAUGUUCACAGAAUUGUUCCGAAUACGUUCAAUAAAGAAGCGCUGAUAAUGGCCAUCAUGAUAGUUGUUGUUAUAGUGUUCAUCCUGGGGCUGUGCUUAUACAGAGUGAAUCAGAAAGUGGAAGAAAUGAAGAAAUUCCCAUAGAAAAGCUUUUUCUAGUCUACACUCGAAGUUGAUGCUCUACAUUUUAUAGACUGACACACAUUCUACAGCCUACAGAUGAAUUUAAAUACCUAAUAGAUUUAAAAGAAACACAUUUUAAAAGCCUGCAGAGAAAGUUGGCGCAGUAUUUUUAAUAGAAAUGUCAGAUUUACUAGAAAUACUUCUUAAAGCCUACAUAGGAAAUUGGUGCACAUUUCUAUAGACAUAACACAUUUACUAGAAACACUCUUUAAGCCUACCUUGGAAGUUGGUGCACUAUUUCUAUACAUAUAGACCAAUCUUCUUUACUAGAGACUCAUUUUAAAGCCUGCCUUUGAAUUUGGUGCACUAUAUCUAUACAUGUAGACCAAUCAUCUUUACUAGAGACUCAUUUUAAAGCCUGCCUUUGAAUUUGGUGCACUAUAUCUACAAUCAUCUUUAUUAGAGACUCAUUUUAAAGCCUACCUGGGAAGUUGUUGACAUAACAUAUUUACUAGUAACACUUCUUACAGACUAUAUUGGAAGUAGGAACACUACUGUUCUAGAAACACAGUUUAUCGUCUACAGAGGCGUUGAUAAACUACGUUUUGUAUUUUAUUUAGUUUCAUUUCUAUAAUAUAGAUACAGGGUUACAAUCAGUCGUCUAAGUCUCGCUUUAGCCGCUACAUCCAUGCAUUUUGUCGCAUUUCUGUCUACCAGGCGAUUUUAGACAAUGGAAUACGUCUCUUUAUAGAAUUAUUCAUGUAGGUUUUUUUUUUUCGUUAUGUUAUUGGUAGAAAGUCCGUUGAUUUGUCUCGAGUUGUUUUCUCACAAUAGCGUGUGAAUUGAUCCCAGUGACCGAGGGCUCAAACCAGCGGUUUCUGGCCUUGUCCACGAUAUACAUUAUUUGAAAGGGGUUUAUAUUUCACUAUGCAUUUUUCAUUAUGGCUCAAUUUGAGAUGUAAACAGAUUAGAUUUUUUUUAUGAAUCUGAUCAUUUUUCAUCCAAGAUACGAUUCUCGUAUUUUUGCUAUGUUUGCAUGUAUUGUAUUUUUCUGCUGUGUGGAAUAAUUGCUAAUACUGUAUCAUUUGUUGCCAAAGAAAUAAUUACUGGAAAUAGUCUUACUAUAAAGAGCACGCCAGGUUAGCACAGGGCUCUGAAGUGAAAGGAAAAGAGUAGGCAAAUGUGCUUACUUCACCUUUCUCUUCUGACACAACAGGUCAUUUCUGGUACAGACUCGCGAAUCAGUUGUUAGGUUCAUUUACCGCCGUUAACCAGCUGCAAAACCGUUGAAAAACGGCAUUUAGCCAUAACUGAACGUAGAAAAAACAUCGAACACACUAGAUGUUGUCGCUUUUUGUGUUAGCAGAAAUGUUUUAUAUACUAGUGUUUAUAUAUAUUUGUCGUUCUUCUAUCUUGCAUUUUGUAGAUACAUACAUGAAUACAUUUGUAUGUUGCUUAAUUAGUAAGCUCUUAAUGGAUGUGUAUCUUGUGACCUUGAUAUACUGUGUAAUUGAUAAAGCUAGUCAGUAAAUCAGUACUUCACA